AUGAGUGGUUUCGACCUACGAUCCAGUCAAUCGUCCUAUGGCGAUCCAAGACAUUUUUCCGGUGCCUCCUUUGGCGCUCCACAACCUCCCCCAACGAAGGUUCUCAUGGACGGAUACCAUGGCGCUCCCAACCUGAAAAAUGUGGAAACUCCGCGCUAUAAUCCAUUGAACACAACGCAUCCAAGAAGUUCGGCUUUACUGAACGGCAAUGAUCCCGUGACGAUGUAUUUGUUGACCGAAACCGCUAUGGGCGACAGCGUGCAUUAUGAGGUCCUGUCUCUGGAGGAGGUUGAAGGCCUGAAGAAAGAGUCUAAGUUCCUUUCGGGUCGCUUGGAGGCUGCCAAACGGAAAUUGGCUUUGGAGACGAAACUUCGCGAUGCAGCCAUGUCCCUCAGCCGGCUAUAUAAUUCAAAGAGCGCCAGGUCGAGCGAGGAAUAUGAUGUGGGAGGUUCUCCGAAAUCCAACCGGAGUCGCAGGAGCAUGUUCGGUCGCAAUGGCGCUUCAAGUACGCUCGACAAAACGGAUGGGGAGUUAGCAGUGAGCACGCGGAAGUGCGAGGAGCUUUCGCAGGAAGUCUGGAACCUGGAGAGCAGAGUUCAGGUGAUUCAAAAACGAUUACUGGAGCAUACUGCUGGCGUCCUACAGAUGACACAUAAAGGGUUAAAGAAAUAUCCGAAGAACAAUGUGCCCAAUACCCCUGAGAGCCUCUCCAGCCAUAACCCCCGUGGUAGCAUCGACGACUUCGACGAUAGGAGCCUAUACAAAACGUCAGAUCAUCUGAAUGAGCUCAGCGGGCAUGGGCCUCCAGGGCCAGAUCCUUUGGCCCAUUUGAGUCAACCGGCAGUCGGCCUCGAUACAAUCCAAAAUACCGAGAAAAAACUGGAGAUGCUAAGUGGGCAGAUGCAUGACAUGAUUCUACAGUCCAAUCCCAACAGUGACUUCGCCCCGGUUCCACAACUCUCGGCAGAGGGAUCCAUGCUCAACCCUACCGCAACUAUUGAAGCUUACAUGGCAUACAUUGAAAACGGGCUCGGUGCACUCGCAACUCACUCUAAUAGCACCGCCGCUACCAGAAGUAUGGACAACGGGAGCGAUCAACAGUUAGCGGAGGUCAACUCUCGACUAUACCAGAUUGUGAACGAGUCGGGCUUGCCGCGCUCGCGGACCCUUCCACCACCACCUGCUGUAUCUAAUGGAGGUCUUGAGGAACACCUUUCAUACCUGAACGAGGGGAUCGACGGCCUCCAUGAGCGCUUGGGAGGGCUGCUUGAGCAGAAGGGCAUCCUUACUACUCAAAUUCAACAGCAGCGGGAGCUCAACUCGAAAUCAGACGCGGAAAGGGAUGCGCAUAUUGCCGACCUGGUCGAGCAGUUGGCUCGUGUGCGUAAGGAGCUCGACUUGGCGGAGCGAGAAGGGGAACAGUCCAAAGAUGUGCUGGAACACACGAUGGAGCAACUGGAGGCUGCACGCCGGGAAUUGUCAGAUCAACAACACCGGGCCAUCCCAGAAGACAAUUCGGAGGCCAUCGCAUCUGAAAAAGAAGCUCGCACGCGUGCAGAUGCCGAGGUGUCUCGUCUGCAAACCGUCGUGAAAGAGCUUCAACAGGAGAAAGAUGCCCUUGCUGAAGCUCAUGAGGCACGUCUUCGCGCUGAAACUGAGAUUACCCAGUUGCAAGCGGUCGUACACGAACACCAGCGCGAGAAAGAUGCACACAACGAAACCCAGGAAGCACAUCGUCACGCGGAAAGUGAAAUUUCUCGUUUGAAGAAUGUUGUGCAAGAGCUCCAGCAUGAAAAAGAUGCUUAUGCCGAAGCCCACGAAGCGCGUCUUCGUGCAGAGGCUGAAGUUGCUCGCUUGCAGCCUGCCAUCCAAGCGCACCAGCGCGAGAAAGAUGCCCACGCUGAGACUCAUGAAGCACGCCUUCUCGCUGAAGCUGAAAUCACCCGCUUGCAGGCUAUCAUGCAAGAACUUCAACAAGAAAAUGCGACUCUCGCGGAAGCCCAUGAAGCACGCGUCCGUGCCGAGACAGAAGUUGCCCGCUUAGAAUCUCAACUCGAACAGAUUCGAUCCGAGUCCAACGGCCACACAGAGCAACUGUCUGCGGUACGCUCCGAAGCAGAUGGUGAGAUCGCGCGCUUACAAGCUGUGAUCGAUCAACUUCGUGGCGAGGUUGAUGUAAAGACAGAGGAGGUCGCGGAAUCCCGUGAGCGAUCAGCAAAACAGAUCUCGAGUCUUGAGGAGAGUAUCCAGCAAAUCCGUACUGAGACUGACGCACGGCUGAAGGAGGCCACGGACUCGCGCACACAGGCUGAGGAUGAAAUUACUCGGUUGCAAACCUUGAUAGAACAAAUACGCUCCGACGUGGAGUCUCAGCUCGGCGAGGCAGCCAAGGCUCGGGCAGACGCUGAGGAGAAUGCGGCACGCUUGCAAGCGGAAUUAACCGAGCUCGAAGGCGAAGUUGUGAGGGUUCGAACUGAACUUACAAUGGCCCAGGCUGAGCUCGAUGGUGCUUAUGGUAGCCGGUCUCAACGGGCAGCCGCUGUCGACCCUGCCCUUCAAAAGGAGCUCGAGGUGUUGACCACCCGUAAUAUCGAGCUGGCGCAGGAGUUGGCCACUUUCAAGGCCGGUAAGCCUGCAAACAGCGACACACAGCGACGCGUAGAGACAUUGGAGAAGGAGCUUCGCGAGACGAUUGAUGACUAUGAAGUCAUGACCAAAGCUAGUAUCGAAUUUGAGAAAGAACGCGAGAAGUUUGAGAGCCUCAUUGACGCGCUUCGGGAUCGUUGUGAGCAACUGGAGACGCAAUUGAAUGAAGAGCGGAUCACCUGGAUGGGCAUGCACUCAGCGUCAAUGGGACGAGAUGGAACCACAUAUGAGACGACAUCAACCAUGGUGCUGAAGAACGAAUUCAAGAAGAUGAUGCGUGACACGCGGACUGAGAAUAUGAAGAUACUGAAGGCGGAGCAAGAAGAACGCCGAAGGCUGGAGGCUUUGCUCAGGAAUCUGAAAAAGGAGCAAGCCAGCAAAGCUGAUCCGAAUCAGUCCGUCACGGCUUUAUGACGAUGAUGAUAUCCUAAACUUCUCCUUGUUAAUCCUCAAGCCACCCGAUUUUGGUUGAGGUCACUUCAUCUUGCUGAUAUUCUCUUCAUCGUACAUAUUAAUGUCUAUUUAUUC